CCGGUCACCACCAGAAACUGCUGAGCAUCUUCUCCUUCAGGGUCAUCUGUUCUUCUCAAAUCACAAAGGCAGCCACAAAGAAACCUUAUAGAGAAGCACUGAGCCGACAAGAACAAGGACAGGAAGUGACAUCAAUGGAGCACAACGACAAGGCCAAAAUAGAUGCUGAAAAAGAGCAGACGAAUGAAGCACCUAAAGAGACGACAACAUCUGAAGAUCUGGAGAACGUAAACAAGAACGAUUCUGAUAAUAAUGAAGAAGGAAUAUAUGAAAACAAUGCAGAUAAAGAUGAAGAGGAAGACGCAAAGGAGGAAGAGGAAGACGAUGGAUUGGAUGAAAUAAAUCAGGAUGGUUUCGCUUCUGUUGAGAUGUUAGGCCAGAGAUACGAGAAGGAUGAAAACAACCGUCCUCCUUGCAGAUACAACACCGUAUGUUACAGGAAGAUCAAGAGAGGAAAUACCAAACAGAGAAUAGAUGAGUUUGAGUCCAUUCUGGAUGUAUAACAGUGAUGAAGGUCACCAGAGACCUGUAAGAAAUCAUGAAUGUUUUCAUGUGGUUGCUUCAGUAUGUGGAUAAUAAACCUCUAUUUAACGUAAUAGUUAACAGCUGUAACACGUGCUCACACACAAUCACAUGAACAGUAUUUUAUGACAGAUUCCUUUCAAUGUUCUAAUCUGUAUCACUUUUUUUAAUAAAUCAGUAGUAAUCUUUGAGUUACGCUUUACAAUAACAGUACAUAAAUAAUGAUGUAGUAAUAUGUAAAUUAAAUGUUGCUCCAUUAUAUUAAGGUAUGCGCUAACGAUGAACCAAAUCAUCAAGUCACAUGAGUUCAUGUGUGAAUAAUGGCUACUUUAAUUACUUGUUAUUGUAUGUUUGAUAAUUAAUAUAUUAAUUAACACUUUAGUUUUAGCUAAAUGUAACCAGCAUGAAGUCAUGACCUGUUAAUGAAUCUUUAUGUCAUGACUUUACUUGGAGGGGCACAUUAUCAUUAACUCAUUCUUAACUGUCUGUCUAGUGCAUGUUUUCAUUGAAAAACAACAGAAAAUGGUUCAGUCUACAUCAAAAUGAACAUUUUAAACAGAAGAGUUCAUGACUAUUAAUUAUCUUUAGUUUUAGCUAUAUGUAAAGAACAUAGAGUUAAUGUAUUUUUAUGUCAUGACUUUACUUGGAGGGGCACUUUAUCAUUAACUCAUUAUUAAAUGUUUCCCUAGUGCAUGUUUACAUUAAAAAACAAUAGAAAAUUGUUCAGUCUACAUCCAAAAUGAACAUGUUAAACACAAGAGUUCAUGAGUUUAUUAAUUAUCUUUAGUUUUAGCUAUAUAGGGGGACCAACUUUGUAAAAAUGAGAUGUUACGAAACACCAACAUGGUGCGGCUAAAUAUCAAUUUCAAUAUAAAUGGCCCUGGGAGUAAGUAAGUAAGUUUUAGCUAUAUGUAGAGAACUCACAAUUAAUGUAUCUUUAUGUCAUGACUUUACUUGGAGGGGCACAUUAUCAUUAACUCAUUCUUAACUGUCUGUCUAGUGCAUGUUUUCAUUGAAAAACAAUACUAAAGUGUUCAGUCUACAUCAAAAUGAACAUGUUAAACACAAGAGUUCAUGAGUUUAUUAAUUAUCUUUAGUUUUAGCUAUAUAGGGCAACCACCUUUGAUGUUAUGAAACGCCAACAUGGUGCAGUUAAAUAUCAACUAUAAUAUAAAUGACCCUGGGAGUAAGUAAGUAAGUAAGUAAGUAAGUAAGUAAGUAAGUAAGUAAGUAAGUAAGUAAGUAAGUAAGUAAGUAAGUAAGUAAGUAAGUAAGUAAGUAAGUAAGUAAGUCAGUGAGUAAUUACGUAGGUAAGUAAGUAAGUAAGUUUUAGCUAUAUGUAAAGAACAUACAGUUAAUGUGUCUUUAUGUCAUGACUUUACUUUGAGGUGCACAUUAUUAUUAACUCAUUCUUAAUUACUCAUGAACUCCUAUGUUAAAACAGUUGUGUGUGUCCUUCUAGUACAUGUUUACAUUGAAAAACAAUACUAAAGUGUUUAAGUAUGUAACUGUCUACAUCAAAAGUUUAUUUUUUAAUUAACAAACAUGUACUAACAAGUAAUUUAGGUAGCCAUUAUUUACACACGAACUCAGGUGACUCAUGUUGUAGUCAAGGUUAGUUGCCUUAACUCAUCAUUAAUUCAUAAUAAAGUAAUAUUUAGUCUAAAUAAUAGUAAGUCAUUGUUCAUGUACUAUUUUUGUAAUGUUACCAAUCUUUAAAGUUAGCAAAAGCCACUAAGGAAACAUCAUUAAGUGAACUAUCUGAAAAUUUUGCUUUUUAAUGUUUUCUAAAAAAAAUCUGAAAUAUUUAACACACGCUGGCUGGACUUAACGUUAAAUGAACAAUGUAUAGCAUAAACAAUGUUUUUGUCCUAGCAUUUUGAGAGCAUUAUUAAGCUCUAAAAACUCUCAACCAUUUAAAAAAAAAUAAAGACGUUUGUAACUUGGUGAGAGCCUUGCCUGAAAGUUUUUCGAAGUUUCCAGAACAUUUGCUGGGUCAUCCCCGAUGAAAUUUAAGCAAAUUCUUAUCUGGCAGCAAGCUGGAAAAAUAAUUUGUCUACAAAUGAGAUUUUACAUUCACAAAGGCUUCUCCGGCUAACAUGCAAUCUGUUUGAAUGCAGGCAGUAGUGCCAACUUUCCAUUAACGAAUUACUGGGAGAGCUUACAGUUACAGUAGGCUUUAACGAGUAUGAAGGGCAUUUUUGUAUUCUGGUUUAAAUCUACAAAUAAUGUUGCGAUUACAUAAUUUCUGUCUAUAUUCUCAAA